CCCACUGCCGCCGCCUAUUUAGCCUCCGCAGCCGGCUCCAUGACUGGCAGGUUGUCGUCGCACGUCGGCAUGCUUCCGACGCUGGCCUGUCAGCCCGGCUUGCCAGCAGCAGCAGCAGCAGCAGCAGCAGCAGCAGCAGCACCAGGCCACCAUCAUCCGGAGCAGCAUCCGCAAUUGGGUCAUGUGGCCGCCGCCGCCGCCGCCGCCGCCGCUGCCGCCGCCUCGAUGGGCAUGGAGUCUUCGGAACUGAUGGCGGUGGCUCAUUACCAGGCGCAACAACUGCAACGGCAGUUGUUGGUCGAGCAGUCAGGUCCGGGCACCACGAUGCUGCCGCCUACGUCUGCUCAGCCUACUGGUGGAGGCUUGAUGCAGCCGCAGGGACUCCAAGGGCAGCAGCCGGGCCAACUUCAGCCGGGCCAGGACCCGCUACAGAGCUUGGUGCAGCAAUUACUCUGUCUACAACAGAUAGAGUAUUUCCUCGCGCAGCGCGGUCACAAAUGAUUACACUUAAUCAUAACCAUAAUAGGGAUUAUUUCGUGCGGGAAAAUGAGAGGAUCGGACCAGAUAACAACGUUUGGGACUCGAUGCGAGCGGGAAACGUGUUUGUGCCGGUGCAAAAGUGUUCUGAUUCGCCGAUAGGUAAAUUUCGCGCCAAAUCAUUAUACAACCCGCUGACGCUGUUAAUGCUGCGAUGCUGUUGAGAAUGAAGACGAGGACGAUAAUAUGCCGCGGCGGCAUCUGUUCGAGUUUGUAUGGUUUUUCUAAUUCUCGAACGGAGGGGAGGUUGCGCGGUGUCUCCGAAUUCACCACGACGAUAUACGGGAAGAUUGCAGAGAAACUGAAUGACGGAAGCGGAAGAAAGGAGAAGAAAAAGAACGGCAGUUGCACCCGUUUAUUUGUGGAUUGCUCUAUCGCUUCGAGGCACUGUGCGGACGGACGGUUAUCUCCAAAAUGAGGGAGAUCAAGUGUUUUUAGCGUGUGAUAAAAACUUUAUGUCAAAAAUUAUGUUAAAUAUGAAAAGUAGAACGAUGUGACCGAAGGAAGUAAAGAAUCAUUUGCGGAUGAAGAAGUAAGAAAAAGGAAUGUUAAUGCCACGCGCGUCAGAGACGAUUGUCCGCUUUGAUGCGAUCUGUGAAUGAAUCUCUAUCCGUCAACAGUAUUGAUAUAAUUAAUAGAGUAAAUGAAUAUAUAUAAAAUAUUGUAAGAACUAUAUCGUAAGUACGUAUUUGUGCAAACGUCAGUGUGCAAGUUAGAUAGAAUGAGUGGUGUGACAAUAGUUCGGGGUAUAUAAAGA